AGACACAUUCAAAAUUUCAAAAUACCAAACUGAAGGGGAAGCCGAGGGAACACGGCUGCAGCGCGAGGGGAUGGCCCACCUGUCGCUGAACAAGGCGCCGCCGCCAUUGAAUCCCCAUCAGCCCGUGCUCUAUAUCGAAUGCUGUCGCGCCCAAACAGACUAUCGGAAGCGGGCCAGCGAGCUGCAUGCCUCGCUGGCGGAGGCCCUGCGCGCCCUGCAGCCGGACUUGCAGCUGCAGCUGCGCAUCAAUGAGAACAACAUGCCACGCCUCGGCGCCUUCGAGGUGGCCAUCGCCACGAGGCCCACCGAUGACCAUAGCCAGCGACAAGUGCUCUGGACUGGACUGCAGCGUGUCCCCGUCUCCGCAAAGGUGCCGCACGUCGACGACAUCAUAGCGCCCGCCUGCAUGGCCCUGAAGCUGCGCCACAGCCAAGCGGGCACCAGCAACAUUGACCUCGUCCGCACCAGCGAUGGCGACAUUAGGAAGAUACUGCAAAGACGCAGUCUACAGUAGCCUCAGUAUAGGUCUCGAUCUUCGGUUUCACUUUUCCACCUCAGUU